UUGAAACAUAAAUCAGUGCUACCAAAAUUGAAACGACAAAAAUAAUAUGUCAAAGUCGAAAAAUAUUCCGUGUCACAAUUCUUGUUGAAUUCGUGUUGAGAACUUUUCUUUUGUCCUCGUUCAAAUUAAAAAACCAAGAAAACUGAUUCUAACUGCAGAAGCAUCCGGGUACUAGGCCAGCCCUCACAAUGUCUGUCCCUGUACGCUACUCUGCUGCCGCCAAUUACGCCGUCGCUGAUAGUGGUUUAACAAAUACUCUGAACAACAACGAACACGAGCAAUACCAACACUACGCCUCCGAGGAGUUGUAUAGCAGUCAUUUGUAUAACCACCACCAACAACAACAGCUGAACAACAGCAUCUACGGCUUUAACAGCAUUUUGGAGGAGCAGCAGCAGUUGAUGCAGCAGAGCACAUCGAUGUCUGUGUCGGCAAAGCCACAAGAAGACCUGGUAGGAGCAGGUAAUUCAGCAGCAGGAGCCUAUCACCAUCAUCAAAUGAAUCAUCAGGAGCAAGCCACCACCUCGGCCAAGGCCAGAGAAAUGAUGGCCGCUCAGUUGAAUGAGAUGCCCACAACAUCGGCGAUGGCGGCGGCAGCAGCUGAAUCUGCAAAUACUGCGGCUAUUAAUGGCAGCAGCCACACUGCAGAGAUGCGAACUGAGUGGAUGAGGAUGUCUGACGAGGGCCGGUAUGGAACACCGGGUGCUGCUGGCUUAGAUUAUCAGAAAUUUGAGCUGGAACAACAACAUCAAACAACACCUAAUCUAAUGGACCAAACCAUGGAGCCUUCGUUCACGGACAAUGAGAAGAAUAAUAGUAGUAGUAGCAAUAACAAUUUGGAAGAUGAACUAACAUCGAUGUCAUCUGAGGAGCUUUACAAUACUCUUAAGGAAUAUGAUGCUCUACAGGAUAAAUAUCAUACUGUGUUAUUAUUACCUAAGGAAUCAAGGCGUGAAGUUACAGCUGGCGGUCGUGAUGGCUCCGCUUAUGUUUUACGUUGCCUUAAAAUUUGGUAUGAGCUGCCCUCCGAUGUUCUAUUCUCGGCCAUGAGCUUAGUGGAUCGUUUUCUGGAUCGCAUGGCAGUUAAACCCAAACACAUGGCCUGCAUGAGUGUGGCCUCUUUCCAUUUGGCCAUAAAACAAUUGAAUUUGAAGCCUAUACCCGCCGAAGAUUUGGUAACAAUAUCACAGUGUGGUUGCACCGCUGGCGAUUUGGAGCGUAUGGCUGGUGUAAUUGCCAAUAAAUUGGGCGUACAAAUGGGUCAUGCACCCAUUACCUCGGUCAGUUAUUUGCGCAUUUACUUUGCCCUGUUCCGUAAUUUGGCUAAAGAAAUUGGCGGUCAAUUCUUUGAAUUCUACAAGCAACUCAUCAAAUUGGAAGAAUUGGAAAAUCGUUUGGAAAUAUUGCUGUGUGAUGUAAAAACAACUGUUAUUACACCAUCCACUUUAGCUUUGGUCUUGAUAUGCCUGCAUUUAGAUUUUCACAUUAAGGAAUCAUAUACACGUGGUAGUCCCGAACUAAAGCAUGUCUUUGAAUACAUACUCUUCUUGCAACAAUAUAUGAGGAUUCCCGAUCGUGUCUUCACCUGCGGUUUUAGUAUUGUUUCGGGUAUUUUGUCCCAUUACAAUGGACAAAAUAAACAACCCUAUAAGCAACGUUUGGUUUGGAAAUUAUCUAGCCGCACUUUACGUGUAUUGCGUCCAACCAAUCGCUUUUCAACAGACCUGCCCACCAUUGAUGAAGGCAUUACUAAUGCUAUGGAUGAUGGUUUACGAUCCAGAACCGAAAGUAUUAGUUCCGAAGAAGAGGAGGACUGGCCAACUUCACCCAUUAUUCCAAUUUUCGAACAAUGUUAGUACGAGUUCAGAGGCGUUCAACAACAACCAGAACAACACUAAGAACACAACAAAGAAGAGCAUAAAACAGGAUGAAAUAUGCUAUAGAAAAACUUUAAAAAAUUUUUUAUUUUCUACCAAACAAACAAAAGAAAAAAGAAAAAUUUUGCCCCAUUAGAAAAAAAACGUAUUUAGUUUCAAGUGUAAAUAAGCAGAAAUGGAACACAGAGAGACAUUAACCAAAUGCUGCCAAAACUUGAAAACAUAAACAGAUAUGGAAGGAAAGCCAAGAGUUUUGAGGAGAAAGCAAACACUGCAGCUACUGCAAACUAAAUACGUCAAGUGGAUGAGAAAGAAAACAAACAAACAAACAUCACCAAACUACAAAAACAAAAGAAACAUAUCCUGCAAGAUUUUAAAAUUUCAUUUAUUUCACUCUUUCUUUUCUUUCUAACUGACUCGUACUAAAAAAAGAACUUUUGUAAGGAAAAAAAAAGGAAAACACAGGAGAUGCGUGUAUAUUUUUGUAAACAUUCGAAGUAGUAGAAAAAAACAAAACAAAUUGCAUCAUAAUAUUCUUUAACUUUUUUCAAACCCUCUCCACCCACAAACCACAGGAGUGUUGUAAAGAAAAAACAAAAGCUAUAGAAAUUAACCGAAAAAAACUACAUACAUAAAAGUUUAUGAUACAAAAACUACAACAACAACAUGAUAUUUUAAGAUGAAGAAUACCAAUUAAUAAGUUUAAUAUCCAAAUUUUAUUAUUACCAUAGCGAAAAAAAAAAACCAACAAAAAAUCUAAAAAAAAGUUAUAUAUAAAAACAAAAAUAUAAAAAAAAAUACAAAACAAAAACUUUGGAAGCGGACCAUCAUAUACCAGGAUUGAUGUAGAUCCGAACCUACGAAACAAAAACACAAAACAACCACAACAACAAACAACAUGUUUUAUUCAUAAACGACAGCUGUUUCAGUCCACAGUUGUUGGAGAGAUUUUGAAAGUUGUUAACUAAAACUAGCUUAAGUGUUUCAGGACACUUUAAGGUAAUUUUAUUUUCAACUUUAAUCAUGCCAUUUAACUAUGGGGAUUGCGGAAUUUAUUGUCUGAGCGUUUUAUUUGUUCGGAAAAGUAUGUGUUUCUCUUUUAAAAAACACUCUCUUCUUCUUGAAUAUAUUUGGGUUCGCUCAACAUAAAAUAUUGAAAUAUAAAUAAUUAUAUAAUUUACUACUAGAGCCUACAAUUAAGUGGAAAAAAAUCUUUAGAAAAAGAAACAAUAUUAAAAAAAACAAAAAAACCCAAACAAAAAUUAUAAAAAAAAAUUUACAAAAAAUUACAAAAAAAUCUAUCAAAACUUUAUAUUAUAAAAUUCUUAAAAAAGCAAAAAAAAAAACUUAAUUACCAUAAAAGAAUAAUAAUAUUUAAAUUAAAAAUAAUUAAUUAAUAAUAGUUUCUGAGUGUUUCAAUGUUUGUUUUCCUUUCAAUUUUUUUCUAAAAAAAAUAUAAUUUUGUCUUAAUAGUUUUUAAUUUAAAUUAAAUACUUUUUAAACUCAUUUGUCUUUUAUAUAUAUUAAAAUAUAGAAAAAUACCGUAAUAUUUGUUUUUCCUUUGGACCUUUAUAAUAGUUUUCAUAUUUUUUAUUUGUAAUUAAACAAAACAUCUAAACACCCCCCACAAAACCAAUGUAUGUUUUCUUUAUUAAAAUUACAGAAGUUUAUUUUUAUAGAGAAAAUUAUAUUUUCUGAUUUCUUUAUUAAAGUACAAAUUUUAAGAGAUUCAAAUCUCUCAUUUCUAUUAAAAUCAAUCAAACAAUCUCACUGUAAUAUUGUGAAUAUUUUGUUAAAUGAUUUUGUAACAAACAAAACGAAAAAGAAAACUAAGAAAUAACAAAAUUUAAACAAUUUAAAGUAAAUUUUAAUUUUUUUUUAAAUUUGUUAUACAAAAAUCUUAAAUAUAUAAAAAUUAAAUUGAAAAUUUUGUUUAAAUUGUGUGGUUUUUUAGUUUUAAAACUUUUGUCUGCCCUUUAAAAAGUAUUUUGUAAAUUAUGUUUAACCAAAACAAACGAAAAAAUCAUUUGAAACUUUUUGUCAAUUUCAAGUAGUGUAUAAAAUACUUAAAAAAUAACAAAACAAACAUUUUUAACACCUAAAGUAUAUUUAAUACUAAAAAAAAAACAAAAAUUGUUAAAUUAUAAUUUUAUUUAAUUGGAAUUGUAAUUUUCAAUUUCAUUUAUAUACUCUACUUUAAAAAACAUUAAUUUUAAUUGAAUUAUUUGUUAAUUUUUUUAAAACUUACCUUUUCAAAUUUCUCCUCUAACAAUUUACUUUAUUUUUUUUUUUAAUAAUAAUUGUAAUUCAUUACAAAUAAAACUUUUGUUUUAACAUUAUUUGUUUAUGAAAUUAUAAAACUUAAUUUCUUACUAUUUAAAGUUUUAUAAUAUUUGUAAGCAAAAGGUGUUUGUUUCUUUUUAAAAAAAAAAACAAAAGUUUUAUUUACAUUUAAAAUUAUAAAAGACCUAAAAAGUCUUUGAAAAAAAAAAAAAAAUACCCAAACGCCUAAAAUGUGUAUAAGAAAUGUUUAAAAAUUAUAAAAUAUUAAACAACAAUGUAAAACUUGUUAACAAAUUUUGCAAGUGAGCAGCCGCUUAAAAAUCACGAAAAUGAAAAAAGUAACAGGCGUUUGUUAACAAAAGAGCUGCUGUAAAAUAUAGAUCUCAUCAUACAAACAAACAAACAAACAAAUUAAAACAUUUUUAUUUAACAAUAAACAAUAGACCAGCAAUUGGUUUAUUGUUUAUAAUUUCGUUAAAAACAUCCUCUCUUAAAAAAUAUAUUUAUAUAUGUAUUAAUUUAAACAUCAAUUAAUUUAUAUUUAAUUGUUACUUUUAUUCCAGCCUAAAAUUUUUUCUUUAGGCGUUUAUAUUUUACUUUAAUACUCUGCGCAAACAACAACAACAAAAACAAGAAACUUUAAAAAUCAAAAGAAGAGCAAUUUGUCUUCAAUGUAUAUUGUUAGCCAGCUUGCUUGCAAAGUUUGUUAGUUAGUUGGUUAUAUCUAAUUGAUUAAAAUAAAACAAAUGCAAUUAAAUUUAUAGAUUUUUUUUGUUUUUUUUUUUCUUCUUUACUUUUAUAUUAUACACCAACCAAAACCUGCCCCCACCCAUACUUCUUUACCUUUAACUAAUUGUCCCUGUCCCCCCUCCAAAAAAAACACAAUUUCUUUAUAAUUUAAAACAAAAAAUUGUAGCAAUUUUAGUAGCGGUAUUUUUUUAUUUUUUGUAAUUUAAUUUGCUUUUUUGUUAUAUUAAUUUUAUUUUUACAAAUUUAGUUUAUAAAUUUUCUCAUAUACAUACAAUAUUAUAUACAAUACAAAAACAAAACAAAAAAACAAAUCUUUAAAAAUGUGUUUUAUUUUUCUAAAUCCUGGCAAAAACACUGAAAUCUUUUUGUUAUUUUUUAUAUUUAAACAAGAAAUUAUUUAAUUUACUUUAUUUUUGUUUCUAUAACCAAACGGACUUUCAUUGAAACACUUUGGUUUUAUUCUAUCUAAAAAACAAACAAAAAACAACAACAAUAAUAUUAAUUAUUAUAAAAUAGUAAACAACAAAACAAAAAUUAUUAUGAUGCAUCCAUCCUUGUUUUCUUUAAAAAAAAUUUAAAAAAAAAUACUAUUAUCUAGACGAACAGCAGCAAAUGAUGAUGUAGGAAAGUUAUAAAAGAAUGAAGAAUGAUUAUCCAUCUAUUAUUGUAUACAUUUAUUUAACUAUAAUUAUACAUACAUACUAUAUUUUAAAAUGAAUUUUUAUUUUCAAUAUACACCAUCUCUCUUCUUUAAGAACAAAAACUAAAA